AUGGCACCGAUGGCGAAUCCGGCUCCAUCCACUGAGAAAAUGGAGGUUGACGAACCGGCUAAAGUUGAGGAAAAAGAACCACCAAAGGAUCUCAAUGCAAUCGCAGUGGAAAAUAUCAAAGAACACUGUGCUUUACUCGACAAGGGUGAUGUGCAUUUUGUGGGACGUGUUCUACAGGUGGUGCACAAGACAAGGAAGCAGUGCAACGCUGAAGUUUUGCAUCGCCUACUUGCAAGUCAGCUAACCGCACCAUCGUUACACAAAGAUGCCCUUCUUGCAUGGGUUCCGUGCAACAUUCCCGUGGCCAUGGAGGUGGAUACAAAACUUGCUGCUCCCUCGUCUACACAGAUAUCCUUCCUCUACAAAGUGAGUUCAGAAUGA